AUGAAAAAUUCAGGUGUCAAAUUGCUACUCAUAACGAUCAUCUUGCCUUUGUUCAUCGUGAGCUCGGUUGCACGAUCAAAUAUCCUGGCUGGAAACAAACUACCCGACCAUGGCACGAGGGCUAACGGUGACCUAUUGAUGCGUAAGCUGGGAUUUGACGAGGCUAAGUUUGAAUACUAUCAAAGGAAAGCGAAGUACGACACGGGCAACGUCGCGAUGGUCCUGUCCGGGCGCAGCCAUAGACUUGGAACGAAAGGAUCCUUUCGGGCGGCAGACAUAGACUUGCAACGAAAGGACUUGGAACGAAAGGAUCGUCAUGGUCUGUUCGGGCGACAGACAUAG